UCGACGACAUCUAACACAAUCUAAAUCAAAUUUAUCCAGCAUACUUUAUUCCAACAAAGCAAUGUAAUUGUACAAAAAGAAACAAACAUAUGGUCAUAAGUUUUUGUAGUUUUUUUUUUCUCUCAUCCCUUCCUUCUAAACGGCCGUUGCAACAUCCAGUCCAAAUAUCCCAAAGAAAGCGCGAAAAAGAGCAGCCGUUGAUUCAGUUAGAACACGAAGAUGCAGAGUCUGCCUCUUCCCACUACCCUCAAAAUUCCCUUCCCUUCUUCAAACCCAUCCCCUUCUCUCCAAUUCUCCACAUUUCCAAACCCUAAUCCCCUCACCGGUCGUUUGAUUCGCGAAAUCAACGAUGGCCGCCUUCGCAAAGCAAUCUCAACUCUCGAACACAUGGUGCACCAAGGAUCUCACCCUGAUCUUCAAACCUAUUCUCUUUUCCUCAAAAGAUGCAUUAGAACUCGUAGUUUUGAUCUUGGUAGACUGGUUCAUGAAAAACUCACUCAGUCGAACCUCCACCUCGACUCUGUCACGCUUAAUUCCUUGAUUAGCUUGUACUCCAAGAGCGGGCAAUGGGAGAAAGCGACCUCCAUUUUUCGGCACAUGGGAAGUAGUAGGGAUUUGAUUUCGUGGAGUGCGAUGGUGUCUUGCUUUGCUAAUAACAAUAUGGGGUUUCACGCGCUUCUUACGUUUCUUGAUAUAAUCGAAAAUGGUUAUUACCCAAAUGAGUAUUGCUUUGCGGCUGCAAUUCGUGCGUGUUCGAGUGCUGAAUUUUCAAAGGUGGGUGACUGUAUUUUUGGAUUUAUUAUUAAAACUGGGUAUUUUGCAUCAGAUGUUUGUGUUGGUUGUGGUUUAAUUGAUAUGUUUGUAAAGGGACAUGGGGAUUUGGUUUCUGCCUUUAAGGUGUUUGAGAAAAUGCCUGAAAGAAAUGCAGUUACCUGGACACUGAUGAUUACUAGGUUCAUGCAAUUUGGGUACGCAGGAGAAGCUAUUGAUUUAUUUUUAAAUAUGAUAUUAAGUGGAUAUGAGCCUGAUAGAUUCACAUUAAGUGGUGUAAUAUCCGCUUGUGCAAAGCUAGAAUUGUUAUUGGUAGGGCAACAGCUGCACUCUCAAGCCAUAAAACAUGGGUUGACUCUGGAUCGUUGUGUGGGUUGUUGUCUAAUAAAUAUGUAUGCUAAAUGCUCUGUGGAUGGAACAAUGUGUGCGGCAAGAAAAGUUUUUGAUCAGAUUCUGGAUCAUAAUGUCUUCUCUUGGACUGCAAUGAUCACAGGAUAUGUUCAAAAAGGGGGAUAUGAUGAAGAAGCUUUGGACCUUUUUCGUGGGAUGAUCUUAACACACGUUCUACCUAACCAUUUUACAUUUUCCAGCACUCUCAAGGCCUGUGCAAAUUUAGCUGCUCUACCGAUUGGAGAACAAGUUUUUACUCAUGCAGUAAAGCUCGGUUUUUCAUCGGUUAAUUGUGUUGCAAACUCACUUAUUAGCAUGUAUGCACGAUGUGGUAGAAUUGACGAUGCAAGGAAAGCAUUUGAUAUUCUGUUUGAGAAGAAUUUGAUUUCUUAUAACACGGUAAUUGAUGCAUAUGCUAAGAACUUAAAUUCUGAGGAAGCUUUUGAACUUUUCAAUGAGAUUGAGGAUCAAGGGAUGGGGGCCAGUGCUUUUACAUUUGCUAGCCUUCUGAGUGGAGCAGCCAGUAUUGGAACAAUAGGCAAGGGCGAGCAAAUUCAUGCUCAGGUGAUAAAGUUGGGUUUGAAAUCGAAUCAAUCUGUGUGCAAUGCUUUAAUCUCUAUGUAUUCUAGGUGUGGAAAUAUUGAAUCUGCUUUCCAAGUUUUUGAAGACAUGGAAGACAGAAAUGUCAUCUCUUGGACUUCAAUUAUCACAGGUUCUGCAAAACAUGGGUUCGCAACACAAGCCUUGGAACUGUUCCACAGGAUGCUCGAGGAAGGUAUUAGACCAAAUGAGGUCACCUACAUUUCUGUUUUAUCAGCUUGUAGCCACGUUGGUCUGGUUAAUGAGGGUUGGAAGCACUUCAAAUCAAUGUAUACGGAGCAUGGAGUUGUUCCAAGGAUGGAACACUAUGCCUGUAUGGCUGACAUACUUGGUCGUUCAGGAUCUCUCUCUGAAGCCAUUGAGUUCAUCAACUCAAUGCCUUACAAAGCUGAUGCACUUGUGUGGCGAACAUUUCUCGGAGCCUGUCGAGUUCAUGGCAACCUAGAACUAGGGAAACAUGCUGCCAAAAUGAUUAUCGAACAAGAGCCACAUGAUCCUGCUGCAUACAUCUUGCUAUCAAAUUUGUAUGCAUCCACCUCUCAAUGGGAUGAAGUUGCAAAUAUCAGAAAGGCAAUGAAAGAAAAAAACUUGAUCAAAGAAGCAGGUUAUAGCUGGGUAGAGGUUGAAAAUAAAGUACACAAGUUUUAUGUUGGUGAUACUUCACACCCAAAAGCUGAGGACAUAUAUGAUGAACUUCAGCACUUGUCUUUAAAAAUUAGGAAACUGGGAUACGUCCCCAAUUUGGAUUUUGUUCUUCAUGAUGUGGAGGAAGAGCAAAAGGAGAAAUAUUUGUUUCAGCACAGUGAGAAAAUAGCAGUAGCGUUUGGUCUCAUCAGCACAUCUAAGUUGAAACCCAUCAGAGUUUUCAAGAAUCUACGAAUUUGUGGGGACUGUCACUCUGCAAUCAAAUAUAUUUCAAUGGCCACAGGCAGAGAGAUCAUUGUUAGAGAUGCAAAUCGAUUUCAUCAUAUUAAAGAUGGAAGAUGCUCCUGCAAUGAGUAUUGGUGAUGAUGUUUUAAACUUAAAAGAGUAGGUUUCAUCAUCAUUUGGACAACGGCUGAUGCUGCUGUAAUGAAACCUGGCAGUUAAAGGGUGGGUUAGGCGAAAUCAGGUAUGGCUUUUCCAUCCCUAACUUUGAUGUUGAAAAUUUACCAACAAGUAAUGAUUGGAGAUAGGAAUGAGAACUUUAUUACUGAGCUUGGAUUCUCAAUAGGAUUUUCAUUUUUUACCCACUGUACAAAAUAUGAUAAUUUAUUGAAUAUUAACAUGUUCCAUAUUCAUUUUAAGUUAGAUAACCCCUCGUAGAUAGUCUGGAAGUCAGCUCUCGACUUGUUUUUCUUCAUUCAAUUCAUUGUCUUUAUUAUUAUUAUUUUUAAUGUCUAUUGAUAUAUACAAAGAUAUGUCGUGUAGUUAGUCUGAAAGCCAGCUCUGGGCUUUAUUUCCUUGGUUUUCUACUUUCAAUUCACUAUCCUUGUUUUAUAUUAUAUAGAUACGUCCAUAUUAGAAACGUUCAGAAAUUAAAGGAUAAGA